AUGACAAAAGGCAAUCUAUUGGAAGUUCCCGGCCUUGUUGGGUCCGCUGCUUUGUUGCCGUUCAGCAAGUCGAACCGUAAAGCAUUUCUGAGAUCUGCUGGUGAUUUCAUAACUGCAGUGCAGGAUCUCCCGCAUGCAGUUAAGGAGGCUACUAGCGGUAUAGUAAGUGCUGAGAAUCUCGAUGCUUUUACGAGCUCUGUUGUCGACCUGCUUCAUGGGGUUCGCGAUAUUCCUCAUGCAGCCGCAAACGGUGCAAAGGCUGUUGUUAAUAUGGAAAACUAUGAUGCUUUUGCCAAGUCAUUGGUUGAUUUUGCAAAGGCAGUCCGUGAACUUCCAGGAGCUCUUGGAGAAGGGUUAGACGACCUAAGUCAAGCCCCAACCGAUAUUGCUACAGCAUUUCAGAAGUUACCUGCACAGCUAACAAAAGCAUCUGGAGAAUUUAUGAGCCAGUAUAAUAAAUACAUACCGGAGGGUACUGACGGACGAAAGAUUUUGGACUCUAUUUUCCUAAGUUUGCCAACUAGCAAUCUUCCUUUACGUUUCUCUGGCCAGAGGAUCGGAGAUGCUGUGGAAAAUGCCUGCCCGAUUUUACUUAAUGCAUUCAUCCAACAGAAAUCAGCGGAAGACGCAAAAGAAGUUGAAAAGGCGCAGCGGCAAAAGAGAGGAGAAGCUGUUGGUGAACUCGAGGCAUUCAGCAAAUCUAGCAGCCUAGGGAGACGUGUCAAACUCAACUAG